GUGACAAAUAUCUCCACUUCACACAGUUAAUUGCAAGCAAGUGUGUGAAGUGUGAGCCUCCUCCUCCCUCCUUUUUCCAUCUCCUUUAAAUACCUUCCCCCGUUCCCCCAAAAAUCCUCUCUUCGACGCCGGAUCCGAUCCAAUCCAAUAUCUCGAGAGAGAGAGAGAGAAUCUAUACUGCAGAGAAAAGCGGGAGAGAGAGAUGGCAUCGACUACGGCGAGGGUAGAUCUGGACGGAAAUACGAUAAAGCCGAUGACGAUAUGUAUGAUCGGUGCCGGAGGGUUCAUUGGUUCACAUUUGUGCGAGAAGCUGUUGUCGGAGACACCACACACGGUGUUAGCUGUUGACGUUUAUAAUGACAAGAUCAAGCACCUACUUGAACCGGACUCUCUGCCUUGGGCCGGUCGCAUUCAGUUCCAUCGUCUUAAUAUCAAGAAUGAUUCUCGUCUGGAAGGGCUCAUCAAGUGUUCCGAUCUGACGAUAAAUCUGGCGGCUAUUUGCACUCCAGCGGAUUAUAAUACGCGUCCACUUGACACGAUUUAUAGCAAUUUCAUUGAUGCGCUCCCUGUGGUUAAGUACUGCUCAGAGAAUAACAAGAGGCUCAUCCACUUCUCUACGUGUGAAGUAUAUGGGAAGACGAUAGGUAGCUAUCUUCCGAAAGAUAGCCCCCUGCGACAGGAUCCUGCUUACUAUAUUCUUAAAGAAGAUACUUCGCCAUGCAUAUUUGGCUCAGUUGAGAAGCAGAGAUGGUCAUAUGCAUGUGCGAAACAGUUAAUAGAGAGGCUAAUCUAUGCUGAGGGUGCAGAGAAUGGUCUCGAGUUCACCAUAGUAAGGCCUUUCAACUGGAUUGGCCCUAGGAUGGAUUUCAUUCCUGGGAUUGAUGGUCCGAGUGAGGGUGUUCCAAGGGUUUUGGCAUGCUUUAGCAAUAACCUCCUCAGACGGGAGCCUCUCAAGCUUGUGGAUGGGGGUGAAUCACAAAGAACCUUUGUUUAUAUCAAGGAUGCUAUUGAAGCUGUCCUUUUGAUGAUUGAAAAUCCAGCCAGAGCUAGUGGUCAUAUCUUCAAUGUGGGAAAUCCUAACAAUGAAGUCACGGUUAGACAACUUGCAGAAAUGAUGACUCAGGUAUAUUCGAAGGUAAGCGGAGAAGAUUCAAUAGAGACUCCCACCAUUGAUGUCAGUUCCCAAGAAUUUUAUGGGGAAGGUUAUGAUGACAGUGACAAGAGAAUUCCAGACAUGACCAUUAUAAACAAACAAUUAGGUUGGAAUCCGAAGACAUCACUUUGGGAUUUGCUGGAAUCCACACUUACAUAUCAACACAGGACAUAUGCUGAAGCCAUCAAGCAAGCAAUUGCAAAACCAGUAGCAAAUUAAAAGAAAAGAAAAAGGAUUCUGGCUCUCAUGUUGUGAGCUGCAGCUGCUGUUUUGGUUCUUUCUCGAAGUCCCUAUCGAAUAUCUAUUUGGUUCAUUCUACUCAUCAUAUACACAACAUUAUCUUUUCUCCAUACAACCUUCUUUUAGUUGGUCCCACAGUUGCCCAGAAAUUUGUACUUUUAAUGUGUAGUUAAAACUACCAAAGGAACUCUACCUGUGUGUACAACCAGAGAAAAAGAGAGCCUUGUUUUGCUCUCCCAAGUUCAUCUAUCGCUCUUCCUGCCAAGGUCAACUGUGUUGUAUUCUUUUCUUGUUUAGAAUUUCUUAUAAUUUAUUAUUUAUUUCAUCUUGUUCGGCUACCAGUAAUGAAAUAAACAUGGUGUGGUAUGUAUUGUGACCCAGCAUGAUCUCACACCC